CAGCGUGUAAUUCGCCGUAAUGGCGGACGACCGACUUGUCGACGGCGCUGGUUGGAUCUCGGACGAGUCCGACUUCUAUGGAGAUGAGAAUGUCAGAGGUCAGCUCGAGCGAGAGUGCGGUAGAGGCACGAAGCGAUGUCAUAAGGCAUUCAUGGCUCAGCAUUCUCCCAAGAAGGUCAAGACUCCUCGCUCGCCAUCGGAGAACGGCACAUUGGAAGUCAAGGCUCGACCAACGCAAAACCAGCCCGUGCAUGGCAAAGCGGACGCCGGCCACGAUGUGGUCAGCUUUCUAAAGUCGCGGCCUCAAUUGUCCGCUCUGCAAAAGUCUCAUGACGACGGCUUGAAGCCAAAGUGUAGAGAGCCUGCCCGCACAGUUGCGGGCGAAACUCAGCCUGACCUCGUCAGUGUCGACCGCUUCAAAGGUCAUCCAUGCGCAUGGCAGCAAACGGAGACCAUCGACGCUUUCUUGAAGCGCCUGCCGGUUGGCGACCCUAACACAUCCACUCUAGAUGGCUGGCUUUGGGUCGGUAGUCCGGAGCAGCCCUACGCCCAUGUCAACAGCCGUAAACACUACGAUCUGCUUGCUUUUGAGGAGCGCGCCGAAAGUCUACUCGAAAAGUACCUGACUCAACAGGCGGCAAUUGAGGACGAGAUGUCUGGUAAAUCACAGGCGGCUAUCACGCGCAGAAUGGGGCCUUAUCGAGACCAGCUCGAAUGUGAUAUUCUUGGCCUUGCAGUCGAGAUGGGUGUUACUUGCGGGAAGUGGAUGCUGUUUCCUGGAGCGGCCGAUCUACCUCGUUAUUGGCGAUUGGUGGCCACGGCAACCUGUCGAGGCAAGCUGGGUCCUACGGCGAAAAGUGCAGUGUUCGAUCCUCAGGACCCGGAAACCGUCAUUUGCAUCUACACCUACGACUUCACCGACAGCGAAGACGUGCGCCGGGUUCUGGAAGAACUUGUUGAUAUUGGUGUCUGUUCGAACGAAGGCAGACGUAUUUACUACAAGUGCGAUGCCUACACUCACCUAGGCAUCAAGUCACAAAAUUUGUACAAGCUCCGUGCGAGCCUGUACUCAAGCUCGGAUAUCUUGCAAGACAAGGUCAAAGCCCUUACUGAAGGGCCCGUUGCUCGCCUGAAAAAGAGCAAAAAGACCAGGAAGAUGGACGAUUUCUUUUCCGCUUUCUCCGACGAUCUUGUUUGA